UAGUGCAGCAGAAUGGCUGCUGAAAGUAAAGGAAGGCAGAGAUAUGUAGUAGUGGGGGGCGGCGUGGCGGGAGUCUCGUGUGCCGAGGAGUUGGCAAGGCUGUCACCUGAAUCGCAGGUGACUGUAGUCAGCGACUCUCCACUCAUCAAGGCAGCAACCAACGUAGUUCAGCAGUCUCGGGUUCUGGAGACAUUUGACGUGGAACAGAAACAGGGUUCCUAUCUGGAACAGCGGUAUGGGAACGUGACUGUACUCGCGGCCCAUGUGACUUCUCUCAUACACAAAGAAAAGGUGGUGGAGACCUCUGAUGGUAGACGUAUACCAUAUGAUAAAGUCUGCAUUUGUACUGGAGCAAAACCUAAACUAAUAGCUGAGGGGCACCCCCGAGUGAUUGGUAUUAGAGACACGGAGAGUGUGGAGGAUUUCCAGAGAAAGUUGGAGGAUGCCCGGAGGAUUGUGGUAGUGGGCAAUGGAGGGAUUGCAACUGAACUGGUGUUAGUUAGCUCUCCCUUCCCUCGUCUCAAACGUUCUCCCUUCCCUCGUCUCAAACGCUCUCCCUUCCCUCUUCUCAAACCAUGGUUGUGUUGUUGCACAGGUACGAGGUAAAGGGUUGCCAGGUUGUCUGGGUCAUCAGACACACCGCUAUAUGCCACACGUUUGUUGACGAGGGAGCUGCCGUUUUCUUCCUCCCUCAUCUCCAUGACGACAGUGGUUGCCAUGGAGACACUGCUGAGCUGAGAAAGAGGACUAAGUAUGUGUGUGAGGGUGUGGGGGAAGGGAGGGAGGAAAGGGGGGAGGGGGAGAAGGAGAGAAUUGGAAGUGCUCUAGGACCUGACUGGCACACAGGGCGACAGAUGAAGGGAAGGAACGAGGGUCCUACCCAUGUUCAAGUUGAGUAUGAGGUUGAAGUGAAGGAGAUACUGACUGCCUCUCAGGUCAAAUCCAGGGGGCUGCAGCCAUCAAAAAUUGGCCCCCGGCCCCCAGAGGAACCCCAGCUGGGGUACCAGUGGCCAAUAUUUGUGGCACUCACCAAUGGGAAGGUGUUUGGGUGUGACCUUGUCGUCUCGGCAACAGGGGUUUUCCCCAACACCACGUGUUUAACAAGUUCAGCAGGUCAAACUGAGGUAGAGCUCAGCGAGGAAGGGGGUGUGGUUGUAGACAAUCAGAUGAGGACAUCUCUCAGUCAUGUGUAUGCAGCUGGAGACGUCUGUACUGCACGGUGGACACACUCUCAGCUGUGGUUUCAGAUGAGGCUGUGGACACAGGGAAGGCAGAUGGGGUCAUACGCAGCUAGGGCAAUGGUGGCCCAUUCCAGGAAUGAAGAAGUCAGCCUUGACUUCUGUUUCGAGCUGUUUGCCCAUGUGACCAAGUUCUUUGGGUACAAGGUGGUCCUCCUAGGCCUGUACAACUCCCAGGGACUGGACACCAGCCAAUACGAGGUGCUCCUCAGGUGCACCAAGGGGCAGGAGUAUGUGAAGGCAGUGCUGCGAGACGGGAGGAUGGUGGGAGGUAUUCUCAUUGGAGAAACUGACCUAGAGGAGACAUUUGAGAACCUGAUUCUAAACCAGUUGGACCUGACUGACCUGAAGGACUGCCUCCUGGACCCGCGUGUUGACAUUGAAGACUACUUCGACUGACGUUUCAUUUUCACCCAAACCGUUUCCAUUCACCAUAAAUAUUAUACAGAUUCAUAAUAAUAUUUACACGAGAAUGAAGAUUUCUCUAGAUAGUGUAUUCAGCCAAUGCUAUCCACAAGAGAAGGUUUGAGAGUGGUGGAGACGGCCUGUGGCUGCUGGUCUGUGAGUCUGAAGACACUCUCAAUGACAGAGAGCUCCGUACUGGUCGUGUCCAGACCGCAGAACGCACACCAGUCGUUCACCACCAUGCCUGCCGACAGCACGUCACUGCCUCUGUUGACUGUACCUGCCACUAGAGGGACUUGUAGCAGUGAAGACAGCUCGUCCUGAUCCUCUAUCUUUGUCUUCGGGUGGACCUGGCCUCCUCUAUUGGAGAAACAGCAGUAGGUCCCGACGAGAACAUUCCCAGCAACCGUCUGUUUGAACACUUCCACAUUCAGGGUGUCUGCUAGGACCUCCUCCGUCUCCUGCAGUCAUGUGACACUCACAUGACACACACACUGCCAGUCUCGGCACUGCACACAGUUAAGUACACAACAAUUGUA